AUGGUAACCAGCAAAGAAAACCUGUUCCGGGUGAUAAAACUCAGCACGGAGGUGACGGACGGUCUGAACAGCCGUUUAAGCGGACAGACUUGGAGUUAUAUUCUGUUUCAAACUGUAAAGUUCCUGCUGAAGUAUAAAUCUGUUGUUGGUCUAUGGAAAAUCUGUGGAACAAGUCUUUUAAUAUUCCAGUCACUUGCAAUGUUAGAAGUUUUACAUUGCAUUCUUGGCCUUGUUCCUUCCAAUCCUGUAGUCACAUUUGUUCAAGUAGCCUCUCGAGUCAUGCAAGUUUGGGGCAUUAUGCUUCCCAUUGAAAAGGUGCAAACUUCUCCAACAUUUGCAAUAACUAUGAUUGCUUGGGGAUUAACAGAGGUAGUAAGAUAUUCAUUUUAUUGCACAAACUUGCUGGGAAAGCCACCUAAAUUUAUAACUUGGUGCAGAUAUUCAUUGUUUUACGUACUUUAUCCUGCUGGAGUUGUAGGAGAAGUUGGGAACACACUUCUUGCUUUAGACAUCAUUAAAAAGACCCAAAUGUUUUCAUUAUUACUGCCGAAUCCCUUGAACAUAUCAUUUAGUUACUAUUAUGCAAAUAUUUUAAUGAUGCUCACAUACAUUCCAAUUUUCCCUCAACUAUUUGGACACAUGGUUCGGCAACGAAAGAAAGUAUUAGGAAAUAAAGACAAGUCAUCAUAAACUUUUAAUGCCUCACUUUCAUGAACAAUAACUGAAAUGAAUUAGCAUUUUAUUUGUGAAUAAGUUUGGAUUGUGCAAUAGACUUUUGGAUAUGUUUAUAAUUAUACAUAUGCAUUCAUAUUCAACAUUUAUAUAAAAUUAAUUUAGCUUCAGAUACGUUUCUAACACCUUUGUACUAAAAGAACAAAAUAUUAUUCUGUUGUAAUUUAUUAUAUAUUUUUUUAUUGUCUCUAGUCAAAUAUUUGAAAUGUAAGUAUAUUAUAGCUAUGUUAAGGACAAUUGAAUGAUCUAAGCUUUUUUUUUACAUAAUAAAUUUUUUUUAAAUAAUAGAA